UCUAGGGAAAGUUGAGUGAAAUCAAUGAUACUAAGUUUUCUUUAAAAAUUAAUUAUUAAUAAAAAUUAAGUAUCAUAAUUCGUGUCAAUGGAUUUAACUAAAAGCGAUUUAAAUUUUUAAUUGAGACAUACAUUAACUUGGAAAACAGGUGAAGUGUUGCUGAGUGUCGUUAUCGAAAUAUCUGGAGACGAAGAAUAAGAAUGAACUUGUUGCGGUAUCCCAUCGUACCCUUCACCUGUACAUUGGAAGUUUUCUACAAUACAUUUCUCGGUUGAAUAAUUGAUUGACAUUAAAAUGAAGAAAAUAAUUACUGGAUGUGUAAAAUAAAUUUAUAAUGUAGAAGAGAUACUGGAAGGCCAUAGAAGACUUGUAGCCUUUAUCCGAAGUUGUGAGAGGUGUAAAGCAAUACUUCAACAAGGCUAUUAACAAAAAUGCUUAAACGAUUGAUUUUACAGUACGCCAAAAAUAUAAUUUUAAAGGAUCUGAAAUUAAUCUAUACACCAAACUAUUCUAAACUAAAACUUGAAUGGAAGUCAGUGUGAAAUCAAAACGGAUUAAAUAGACAUUCUGACAAGGAAAAGAUGACUGCCAUUGCUCUGGCAAAUAAACUACAACACCGAAUAAAAACUAAAGCGAGAGAGGAAUGAAGAGUUGCAUUCGAUUGCUGGUAGAUGUAACGUUAUUUGUAACUUUAAUGUUCAUACAAGGAAAUGCAUCUUAUUCUGAAUUUUCAUAUGCACAAAAAACUCAUAAUGAAAUCAUCAAAGCUGGUUCAAAAAAUCAAGCACCAGAAUACAGAGAAACCAGAGUAAGAACAAAAUAUUACGAAUUAACGAAAGAGGACUUCGCCCAAAUGUCUGAUGAGGGUUAUGGGAAAAUGAACAGAGGUCGACACAGCAGGGGUCAACGAAAAAAAACGCAAAAGAGCCUCUUUCGAGAACAACAGAAAUGUAAGACGUUUCAUUGUGUAUGUGAUAGCGAAAAUAAGCAAGGGACGGAAAUGUGUUGUUAUGAGAUUAAACCUGCUUCGACUAAAAGUGGUAGAUCUAUCAAGAAUGUGGCACAUGAUUUCCCAGAUGAUUACGAUGAUAAUGUUUUAAAUGAUGUCAGUAUUCAACCGAACAGAAAUGAUAAAUCUUGCCACAGAGGUGCAAAGCAUUUUUCUCAUCCAUCACCAAGAAUGAGAAAGCCAAAAGAUAGAUUAAAUGUGUUGAUUAUUGGUGACGAAACAGUGGAUUUUCUGAAGGGUUCAAUUUACAGAGGUAGAUGUAACGUGAGUACAGAAUCGUACCCUGGUCUUAGCGUAACAGAUGCUAAGCAGAGGAUGAGAGAUGCCUUAGCUAAGAUGGAUGACAAGCCAGAUAAGCUGAUCAUUCAUGCUGGAGCUAAUGACAUCAUCGAUGAGUUACCCUCGGUUUCAUCUCUUGUUAUUAGCAAGUUAAAAGGCCUUGUUGAUGAGAUGAGAUCUUCCCAGGAAUCAGGAAAUGCAGCUAGAUCCUACGCAUUAUCCGGUAUUAUACCUAGAAAUGAUCCUCUCAUGACGUAUAAUCAUAAGGUAAAUGUAAUAAAUUCUGAUGUUGGAUGGUAUGCACAACGAAAUGGUGUAGAGUACAUUGAUCACUCCCAUGUCUUCUGGGAAAAUGGGGCCUUGAGGAAAGAUCUGUAUCAUUUUGAUGGUACACUUAAUGAAGACGGUUUACGGUUGGUGGAAGACUCUAUCUUCGACGACAGUUGGUGCAGGAGAACAGAUGAUGACUUUCACGAACAGACGUGGAAUCUUAGGCAAAAGAUAAGGAUGCGUAACAGGCCAUCAUUGGAAUUGAAGGAUAUUUUGCCGAUGGAGAGAAAAGUAUACGACAAGCAUUUACCGCCAAAAAAAGAUGGUCAACCCACCAAAGUUCAUUUCCAUGUAACUGUUUUAAGCGUGGACUCCAUAGAUGAAGAAUCAAUGACAUACGUCGCUGAUAUCUUUUUAGCCCAGAGUUGGCAAGAUUAUCGCCUGAGAUUACCCGAAAAUAUGACCGAAGGAUACAGAAUUCUAGAUGUUGGAUGGUUGCAGUACAUAUGGAGACCGGAUUCUUUCUUUAAAAAUGCUAAAAAGGUCACAUUUCAUGACAUGAGUGUUCCGAACCAUUACCUUUGGCUGUACUACGAUAAAACUCUCCUUUACAUGGCAAAGUUAACAUUAGAGCUUUCUUGUGCCAUGAAGUUUGAAGCUUACCCUCAUGAUACCCAGAAUUGUUCUAUGAUGAUUGAAAGCUCUGGUGAUCUUAGAAAGAUGAGAUUAAAUACCAAAGUUUCCUAUCCAUACCGCUCACUUAUAGAGGUGUUCGUCUUAGGAAGAUUAGCCACAAGUGGUGGCGAAUUGUGA